AGUUUGACAAAAUAGAAUGGAAAAAUAUCAAUUCAUUGUGAACAACAUAAAGAAACGGAACAAAGAAUGAAACGAAAAUUAAAAUAAACAAGAAUUGUAGGUUAAGACGCCCGAUUGGUUAGAAAGACGAUUGGAAAUGUGAAGCAACUAAGGAGCCUGCUAAAAAAUCAGCAAACAAAAUAUUAAAUUUUAUAUUACUAACUACAUAAUCAAAGCGGAUAUAUAUCAACGUGUUUAAUAAGAAAUAUUAAAGAAAACUGAGGCGACUUUAACUGCUACUGUAACUGCACAUAAAUUAUUUAUCAUGUCAGUACAGCAGUUUUGCCUACGUUGGAAUAACCAUCAGCCAAACUUUAUAUCAGUUUGUUCAUCACUACUACACAAUGGUACAUUAGUUGAUGUAACAUUGGCUGCUGAGGGCAGACAACUGCAAGCACAUAAGAUAGUACUCUCUGCUUGUAGUUCAUAUUUUCAAACCCUCUUCACAACAAAUCCAUGUCAACAUCCGAUAGUUAUACUUAAAGAUGUACAAUAUGACGAUCUUAAAACAAUGGUCGAUUUUAUGUACUAUGGCGAGGUAAACGUCUCUCAAGAGCAACUGCCUCACAUACUUAAAACCGCAGAAAUGCUCAAAAUUAAAGGACUAGCUGAAAUGCCCACCGAUCCUGCCAACUUAACAAAAUCAGAAAGUAAAUCAUCAAAUGAAGCAACCGAACUUAUGGGUAGUGCAGGAAAUAGUCAAGGCGGUGGUGCUAGUAGUGGUGGUCUAGGUAGUAGUACCGGUGGUAGUGUAAGCGAUUCACUAUGGGGUAGUACGGAAUCACAAUUUCAACAACAGCAUCAUCAUCAACAAUUGCAGCAGCAACAACAACAGCAGCAGCAACAACAACAGCAGCAACAACAACAGCAGCAGCAACAACAGCAUCACCACCAUCAACAGCAACAUCAUCAACAGCAACAAAAUAGUCAAACGCAAACUACACAUCAUCAGCUGAGACGUACACCAUCACCAUUAGGCGCUGGUGCAUCACCAGCUACAAGAAGAAAACGUUUACGUAAAUCUUCUAAUAAUGGUUCAGGCGAUCGUAAUAAUUCAGAAGAUCCACAUAAUACAUCAUUAGAUGCUGGUAAUACAGCUGCAGGAAUAACACUUUCACAGAUGAAUCAAAUGUCAUUCAAUACAGGUGGUAAUGCUGGUACAUUAGGUGUUAUUGGCGCCCAUUCUCUACAUACAACUAAACUUUUAAAGGAUAAUAGUAGUACAGAUUUAGAGCCACAUGCACACGAUUCGGAUAGUUUAGAUGACACCCAUGGACACGUACAUAUGCAAAUUAAACCUGAGGUAGAUAUUAGUGGCGUCCAACAGUCUAUUCCUCUUGAUAUAUCGGGAGCUACAACACCAUCGGAACAUGACGCACCUAAUUCUCAAUCAUCACACUCAGGUCUGCAAUGGACGGUCGUUGAUUCAAAUUAUUCACGCUUUUCGCUGCAAUCUUGUCAAACUAAUUUAAUCGGUACGGGUGGCAAUCCAAAUGCUAAUGCUACCAACAGUGCUGAACACCAGCAACAACGUCAACAACAACAACAACAACAGCAGGAACAACAGGAUGCACAAACUGUUAGCAAUCAACAACAGCAACAACACUUACAACAACUACACUAUCAGCAACAACAGAAU